UAUUUAUCUUUAGCCAAGAUUUUAAAAAUGGCAGCGGUGUUUCUAAUUACGUUGUAUGAAUAUUCUCCAUUAUUUUACAUUACUGUCAUAUCGUUAUGUUUCGUUGUUACCGCCGCCAUGGUCCUCGGCUGGUUUGGUUUCGAUGUCCCAGUGAUUCUCCGCAGCUCUGAUGAGACUGAGUCAGUCGUGCCUGUCCCAGAGAAGAGGAUGGUUCAGGUGACCAACCCCUUUGCCCUAGAGAUGGGGUCCUCUGGGGUGGUCUCUGUGACUGAGGGUGUGUCCCUGCUUCCAUGCUGCCUGGAGCCUUGUGUGCUGAGUUGUUACUGGGGUUGUGGUGUCCAUGCCCUACAGGGGGCGCUACAGACCCACCAACACGGCCCCAGUAAGCUCACCACGCCACAUCUGUUCCAGGAAGCUCUGCACUUCCAGUACCACCACUGCCAAAGUUUCCAUAUCAGUGGAGAGGACAGAGAGGAGCAUUAUACCAAGAUGCCAGCCGAUCUGGGGAUCACUGAUUUCGGGCUUUUGCCACGGGAACGCUACCCCAUAGUGGCUGUCCUCACACUGGCCGAAUCUGAAGCAAGGGACACGUACAACAUUGUCGCCAGCGUCACAGUGGUUCACGUUCCAGAUGACAAAUACAGCCUGUCGGCACGGAUCCUGUUUCAAUAUCUCCUCACGGCACAAGGGAACAUGUAUGAGUUGAAGCCACUAUUUAUGUCAGCCGAGAACAAGGGGUUGUCGGAGGCGACUGACCCCGACCGUAGCACAGAGGCACCACCAGAAACACAGAAAAGAGAACCCGGAAAGGAGAUGCCAGGAAUGGAAGAUGAAGAGGAUUGGUCAGAGGAGGGAAAAGGCAAAGACUGUGUGGUGUGUCAGAAUGAACCUGUUAACCGCGUCCUGCUGCCCUGCAGGCACGCCUGUGUGUGUGACGGCUGUGUCCAUCGCUUCCAACACUGCCCCAUAUGCAGAGCUUUCGUAUUAGAGUCCUUUGCCCUGUUCCAGCAGCCCCAUAUGGAGGAGGUAGAGGAAGAAUGAACUGUAAUGUAGCAGGUCAAUAUUACCAGUAUUUAUAAUAUGAACGUAGUAAUGUUACUCAUUGGAGUAGCUCUACAGGCUACUGAUAGGAAGGAAUGGUGUCCAAAAAGUCCAUGCUGAUUGUCACAAUGGGUGCUGUUCCAACAGAUACAUGAGUACAAUUUCAACAGAAUCAAAGUGUUUACCGAAUGGAUGAUAUGGUUUCACAUUGAGGUGUUUUAUUGGACAUUUCCAACUGUUUUAUGGCUGUGUGAGCAUAUGAACCACAUUUUAUCACGUUGAGUUUAUCGAGGUGCAAACUACUUAUACUAUUUGUAAAUGUAGAUAUGGAAAACCUAAUAUUUUUGAUGUGCAAUGUAUAGAGAAUGUAUUGUUUUUGUCAAUAUACCAUACUGUGAGGUGUUUUUUCUUUUCA